AUGGGACUCGAACAGCAAUCAGAUGUGGUAAGAAAAUGGUAUUAUCCAGCGAGGCCCACGUCGGACAACGGUGACCGUCUGGUCAACUUGUGCGAACAGACGGGCCUCAUCGUCGCUUCCACGUUUAAGAGGAAUCAUCGACGCCAUCAGCUCACGUGGCAGGGGUCAACCCCUUUAACGCCUGAAGAGCAGCGCAAGCGGAAGAUGAGGACUCCUAAGCUCCUGCUUGACAACGUUCUGGCGAGGAACAUUCCUGGGUCAGAUAUCCGAAAAUCUAUGGCUGUUUGGGACGUCGCGUUCGACUUUGACCACCGUCCAGUUCUUCUCAGCUUCAAGAUACGGAGAAGCUUAGUUGGGUCGACCUGUCCGCAAUUCCCUCAUCAUGAUGUACGGAUCGCAGACUUGGAGAGCGCCAUCUACGGUGAUGAAGAGGCUUGA